GGAAGUGUAGGUAGUUGCCUUGGGAAUGAGUCUAGCGGCAUCAUGGCUGAGCCGAGCUGGCUGGAGCAAUUGCGUGCGGCGCGCAAGACCGCUCUGCUCCGGGACGGUAAGCGAAAAAUCCAUUACUUGUUUGACAAUGGGAAGGAGAUGGCAGAGGAAUAUGACCUGAAGACAAACCAGCUACUUUUGAGGAAAUGGAGAGAGAAGAAUGCCCUGGGUGCUUGUGGCAGUUGGCAGGUUGAGGUGGGAGAACCUGACUUGCUUGUACCAGGAGCUCUGGAUCGUGAACUCAUAAAGGAGAGCAGUACAAAUCCUGUCUUUAUGCGAAAAGACACCAAGAGCAACUUCCAGUGGCGGAUCCGGAACUUGCCGUAUCCUAAGGAUGUUUACCGUGUUUCUGUGGAGAAGGAUCGAUGCUGCUGUGUUGUCCAUACUACAAAUAAGAAAUAUUACAAGAAGUUCUCCAUUCCUGACUUAGACAGAUUUCAGCUGCCCUUGGACAGCAGUGCUUUGAGCUUCAGUCAUGCCAACAACACACUGAUCAUUACGUAUCAGAAGCCAACAGAGAUUCUAACUGCAGAGGACGAGCUGCAGAAGGAGCUGAAGAAGAUCAAGGCUGCUAAUAAUGGAGACGGAGAGUGCAAGACACAGUAGCCAACUGUUGAAGAAUGUCUUGUCUGUACAUAUUUUACUACUAUUCUUUAACAAAUAAAGGAGCUGAUGAGACUAACUUGUUCGGAAAA